UUGAUUCCGUGCAUGUAAGGACCGAUUUCGUAUUUAAUUGCUCAAAGACGAACCCACCUACAACAGGAAGUAUAAAAAGCGGUUGAAUUAUUUCCGAAUAUCGCACUUUCUCUCCUCGUACCUACACACGAAUAUUUUCAGGAGUUGGCCUGAAAUUUAAAAAUGGAAAAACUGUUUGUAACCGCAUUGCUUUUUGUAAUCUUCACUUCUUCUUGGCGUAUUUUUGCUGUCGGGAAAGAGAAUGAAAAACGUUUUGACUUCAAGGUCGAAGAAAGGUUGGCUGAAGAAAACGACAAUGGGUUCGACGACCGGGAAACAAGGCUGGAGAGGGAAGGAAACAGAGAGUUUGAUGAUGCCAACGGGGAAAAUUCUGACGACGAUUUAUUUUUCUCCCAGGAUGACGGUGAAUUUGAGAAAAGAAAGAGUGUGGAUUAUAGUGAAUGGGACUCCAGCGAACAGCACAAGGUAAAUGACGACACAGACGAAGCUGAAGAAGAAGAAGAAGAAGAGAAAGAAGAAGAGGAAGCGGAGAAAGGCCUGUUCAAAAAGUUGUUCGAGAAGUUCAAAAACUGGAUUCGCAAAAUUGGUAAACGAAAAACACAGGACUGAUGCGGGAAAUGGCGACUGAUCAAACUAACGGACCCCCCAAGAAGCGUUUUAAUAAAAGUCCGCGUCAUUCUUACCUCGAACAGAAAAGCCAUGUUCCCAUCAACAAGGGCACGCUCAUGUUAAGAUUUUUACAAGCUGCUUUCGUUUGCAAACUAUGCAUGUCUCGCAAAGUUUGCGAUAUAACUUAGGAAUUGUCGCAAGUUUGUAUCGUACUAUCGAAUUAUAACUUGUUCAUAAAUCAUCGUCAAGAUAGGACGCAUGCAAUGACCUAUUAACUACAGACGGUGAUUCUUCGCCGAACACCGUGCUGACACUUAAAUUUGAGCGGAGCUUUAAGGUGCGGUCUAUCGACACGCAUAUGUCAUAUAUAUAUGGUGGCAUUAUCUGUCCUAGGCAAAAUUAUUUAAAAUUAAGCCUACCUGGUAUGACGUUUUUUAUAGGACCAGUCUGCUUAAAAUGAAUUUUUAAGAUAUAACCAAUUAAAGAAAAAUUCAUUAACACAUUAUAGUCAAUUAAUACAAAUAGUUUGUUAGGCUCAGACCCUUUAAUUCAAAUAAAGAGGUUGGCGAAAAAGAUGUUUAAUAUGGCCUCAAUGGAGUACAAUUUUGCUCAGUCGAUACACGAUGCAUGCUUGGGUUCAAAAACGUAGUCAGGAAGACAGAACAGGUUUAGUGUACCUGGAUGUUCCUGGUUCCUAUUUUAACUUAAACAACAACCAUUUAGUAUCAGUUUUUAACAUCUCAUGUAGCCGCAACGCUAACUUGAGAUAGCUUUCUGAUAACCAGUUUGUCUCUGUCGGUAAUACAGAUAACUUUUUUUUUUCGCAUAAAAAGGCUUGUACUGAUAUCAACGUAGAACAUCAGUAAAAGUUAAACUGAUUA